UACUAACAAAACUAGAAAGAUAAAAUUUACAGAAAAGCCCCCCAAGUGAGAGAGAGUCUCUUUGUUUUCCAUCGGAGCAGUCUCUUCGUCCGCCCGGAUCCACCCACAUAAACCCUAAGAAUCUCCAAUCCCUCUUUCGAUUUGAAAACAUUCAGCCCUGAAAAGCUUUCAUUUUUCAAAUCUGACAUAUCUCCGUCGCAUAGCUUAUUGCUCCGUCUUGUCACUUCCUCCUCCCCAUGGAUACGCAGCAGCAGCAACAACAAUCCGCCAUUCAAGGGGCGAAAGUGCUAAUGGUCGGAGCUGGUGGGAUUGGCUGCGAGUUACUCAAGACUCUUGCUCUUUCUGGCUUCCAUGACAUUCAUAUCAUUGACAUGGACACCAUUGAAGUCAGUAACCUCAAUAGGCAAUUCUUAUUCCGUCGUUCACAUGUCGGCCAGUCCAAGGCUAAGGUUGCCAGAGAUGCAGUCUUGAGAUUUAGGCCUCACAUUAAUAUAAGAUCAUACCAUGCAAAUGUCAAGAAUCCAGAGUUCGAUGUUGAUUUUUUCAAGCAGUUUGAUGUUGUUCUCAACGGACUUGACAACUUGGACGCAAGGCGGCAUGUGAAUCGCCUCUGUCUUGCAGCUGAUGUUCCUCUUGUUGAAAGCGGGACUACAGGCUUCCUAGGACAGGUAACUGUGCACGUAAAGGGAAAGACAGAGUGCUAUGAGUGCCAAACCAAACCCACUCCAAAGACAUAUCCUGUCUGUACAAUAACCAGCACUCCAACUAAGUUUGUGCACUGUAUCGUCUGGGCGAAAGAGCUGCUCUUUGCGAAAUUGUUUGGCGACAAGAAUCAGGAUAACGAUCUUAACGUGCGUGCCAACAAGGCGGCUAGCUCAUCCAAAGAAACAGAAGAUGUGUUCGAGCGUGCAGAAGAUGAAGAUAUUGAACAGUAUGGUAGAAAGAUAUAUGAUCAUGUCUUUGGUUAUAACAUUGAAGCGGCUUUGUCCAAUGAGGAGACAUGGAAAAAUCGUAGACGGCCAAGGCCUAUAUACAGUAAGGACGUCUUGCCUGAAAGUCUGAGUCAGAAAAAUGGAAGCACUCAGAAUUGUUCUGCCACUAGUGUUGAUGAUUCGGCGACGGUCUCUGCCAUGCCGUUGCUUGGCCUGAAGAAUCCACAGGAACUGUGGGGUCUAACACAGAAUUCUCUAGUGUUCAUAGAAGCAUUGAAGCUGUUCUUCGCAAAGAGAAAGAAGGAAAUAGGACACCUUACUUUUGACAAAGAUGACCAGUUAGCGGUAGAAUUUGUCACUGCUGCUGCAAAUAUCCGUGCUGAGUCUUUUGGAAUUCCUUUGCACAGUCUUUUUGAAGCCAAAGGUAUCGCUGGGAACAUUGUUCAUGCCGUUGCUACGACUAACGCCAUUGUUGCUGGUUUGAUUGUUAUUGAAGCUAUCAAAGUGCUGAAAAAGGAUGCGGACAAGUACAGAAUGACAUAUUGCUUAGAACACCCAAGCAGAAAGAUGCUUCUUAUGCCAGUGGAGCCAUUUGAACCUAAUCCUUCUUGCUAUGUCUGUUCCAAGACCCCUUUAGUACUUGAGAUCAAUACUCAGAAAUCGAAACUAAGGGAUCUAGUUGAUAAAAUUGUCAAAGCCAAGCUUGGGAUGAACCUACCAUUGAUUAUGCACGGGGCAUCACUUCUUUACGAAGUUGGUGAUGAUCUUGAUGAUAUUAUGGUUGCAAACUACAAUUCUAAUCUCGAGAAGUCUUUAUCAGAACUUCCUUCUCCCGUUAUCAAUGGAAGCAUCCUCACUGUGGAAGAUCUUCAACAAGAGCUAUCUUGCAAGAUUAAUGUCAAGCACAGGGAAGAAUUUGACGAGGAAAAAGAACCGGAAGGAAUGGUUCUCUCUGGAUGGACACAAUCUCCAGCUACCAAAGGUGAGAGCGCGUCAACAUCAAACAAUGAGAGCGCUGUUGAAGUCACAGAGAGUUCCUCUGGACCAGAGAUUGCUUCUAAGAAGAGAAAACUCUCCGAGACACAGCCCGAGAAUCACAAGAGAGAAACAGAGAACGUCGAGAGUGAAGAUGAUGAUGAUCUCAUGGAGAUUGAAAAUCCCAUGACUGUGAGCAAGAAGAAAAGAGUUGCGUAGACUUUUCCUUAAGGCAUCUAUCUCUGAAUCCUUGCUCUUUUCUUAUAUAUCUUUCUAACUUUCUGAGGUUGUGUCACGAGAAUUACAAGUAUGAACUAGGGAUUCUUUCAUGGGGGGAAGAAACCACUCGGAUUGUUAAAUAUUUUGUUUAGGACAGGAUCCUCUGGAGUAGGGAGCUCAGGAACUCUCGAGUCACAUAGAUCCUGUAACAUUUUCACUUUUUCUGUUUUACUAACUGUAAAAGCUCCUUUGGUAUA